CGACUUGACAUCAAGAGAAAGCUAACUGCUCGGUCUGAUCGAGUAAAGAGUGUGGAUUUGCAUCCUACAGAGCCAUGGAUGUUGGCCAGUCUUUACAACGGCAGUGUGUGUGUUUGGAAUCAUGAGACACAGACUCUAGUGAAGACAUUUGAAGUGUGUGACCUUCCUGUUCGAGCUGCAAAGUUUGUUGCAAGGAAGAACUGGGUUGUAACAGGAGCGGAUGACAUGCAGAUUAGAGUGUUCAAUUACAAUACUCUGGAGAGAGUUCAUAUGUUUGAAGCACACUCAGACUACAUUCGCUGUAUUGCUGUCCAUCCAACCCAGCCUUUCAUCCUAACUAGCAGUGAUGACAUGCUUAUUAAGCUUUGGGACUGGGAUAAAAAAUGGUCUUGCUCACAAGUAUUUGAAGGACACACCCAUUAUGUUAUGCAGAUUGUCAUCAACCCCAAAGAUAACAAUCAGUUUGCCAGUGCUUCUUUGGACAGGACCAUCAAGGUAUGGCAGCUGGGCUCUUCUUCACCAAACUUCACUCUGGAGGGACACGAGAAAGGUGUGAAUUGCAUUGAUUACUACAGCGGUGGCGACAAGCCAUACCUCAUUUCAGGUGCAGAUGAUCGUCUUGUUAAAAUAUGGGACUACCAGAAUAAAACGUGUGUGCAGACACUCGAGGGGCAUGCCCAGAAUGUGUCGUGUGCCAGCUUUCAUCCUGAGUUGCCAAUCAUCAUCACAGGUUCAGAAGAUGGAACAGUACGUAUCUGGCAUUCAAGCACAUACCGUCUUGAGAGCACACUGAAUUAUGGAAUGGAAAGGGUGUGGUGUGUGGCCAGUCUGAGAGGAUCCAACAAUGUCGCUUUGGGAUAUGAUGAAGGGAGCAUCAUUGUAAAGCUUGGUCGGGAGGAGCCUGCCAUGUCAAUGGAUGCCAAUGGAAAGAUAAUUUGGGCCAAGCAUUCAGAAGUCCAGCAGGCCAACCUGAAAGCAAUGGGGGAUGCUGAAAUUAAAGAUGGAGAAAGAUUGCCACUAGCGGUAAAGGACAUGGGCAGUUGUGAGAUAUACCCUCAGACUAUUCAGCACAAUCCCAAUGGUCGGUUUGUUGUGGUGUGUGGUGAUGGUGAGUAUAUCAUCUAUACAGCAAUGGCACUGAGAAACAAGAGCUUUGGGUCUGCCCAGGAGUUUGCUUGGGCCCACGAUUCAUCGGAAUAUGCAAUAAGAGAGAGCAACAGUGUUGUAAAGAUAUUUAAGAACUUUAAAGAAAAGAAAUCCUUUAAACCCGACUUUGGAGCUGAAAGUAUCUAUGGAGGCUUCUUACUGGGAGUCAGAUCUGUAAAUGGCUUGGCCUUCUAUGACUGGGACAAUACAGAACUCAUACGCAGAAUUGAAAUUCAGCCCAAACACAUUUUCUGGUCUGACUCUGGAGAGCUAGUCUGUAUUGCCACCGAGGAAUCAUUUUUCAUCCUUAAGUAUCUGUCGGAAAAAGUUUUGGUUGCACAGGAAACACAUGAAGGAGUUACUGAAGAUGGCAUUGAAGAUGCCUUUGAGGUUCUUGGUGAGAUUCAGGAAAUUGUGAAAACUGGGCUGUGGGUAGGCGACUGCUUCAUUUACACAAGUUCUGUCAACAGAUUAAAUUAUUAUGUUGGAGGAGAAAUAGUCACCAUUGCUCACUUGGACAGGACCAUGUAUCUCCUGGGUUAUAUUCCUAAAGACAACAGACUCUACCUGGGGGAUAAAGAACUGAAUAUCGUCAGCUACUCCCUGCUAGUCUCAGUGCUGGAAUACCAGACGGCUGUCAUGCGAAGGGACUUCGGCAUGGCUGAUAAGGUCCUCCCCACUAUUCCAAAAGAGCAGAGGACCAGAGUUGCACACUUUUUGGAAAAGCAAGGAUUCAAGCAACAAGCUCUUACAGUAUCCACAGAUCCUGAGCAUCGCUUUGAGCUUGCUCUUCAACUGGGAGAGUUAAAAAUUGCCUACCAGUUGGCGGUGGAAGCAGAGAAUGCUAGUAUGGUGAACAAGCUAGCAGAGGGUGCAGAAAGAGAUGGCAAGAAUAAUGUGGCAUUCAUGAGCUACUUCUUACAGGGCAAGCUUGAUGCUUGCCUAGAACUCUUGAUUCGAACUGGACGACUGCCAGAAGCUGCUUUCCUGGCUCGUACUUACCUACCCAGCCAGGUUUCAAGGGUUGUGAAACUCUGGAGAGAAAAUCUCUCAAAAGUCAAUCAGAAAGCUGCAGAAUCCCUUGCUGAUCCAACAGAGUAUGAAAACCUCUUCCCUGGAUUAAAAGAAGCCUUUGUGGUUGAAGAAUGGGUAAAGGAAACGCAUGCUGAUCUACUGCCAGCCAAACAAUAUCCACUAGUUACGCCUAAUGAAGAAAGAAAUGUUAUGGAAGAGGCUAAAGGCUUUCAGCCCUCAAGACCUGUCAUCCAGCAGGAACUUAAUGGGAAGCCUGCUUCUCCUACUCCAGUGACAGUGGCCUCCCACAUAAGCAACAAAGAAGAAAAGAGUUUACUCGAACUAGAAGUAGAUUUGGAUAAUUUGGAAUUAGAAGAUAUUGACACAACAGAUAUCAAUCUGGAUGAAGAUAUUUUGUAUGACUGA